CUUGUUUUGUAGCAUAAUGUUGUCGACUGCGACGAUGUUGAGGCCGAUGCGGCUGGGCCGCGCGGUGCAUGCAGUGCGUGGGAUUGCGACGUUGAUAGACGGCAAAGGCAUGGCAAACGCCCUGAUGAAGGAUCUGCGACAGGAGAUAGAUCUGCUUGCGAAGCGGUUUGCACGGCGGCCGGCACUGGCCGUGGUGCGCGUGGGCGAGGACCCAGCGUCGGAGAUCUACGUACACACCAAGCUGCACACAGCGGCACAGCUGCAGAUGACAGACAAAGAGUUCCACAUUUCAUCGCAGGAGGCGACGCAAGAGCGCGUGUUGGAAACCAUCGAGCGGCUCAACGCGGACCCGUUCAUCGACGGCAUCAUCCUUCAGCUUCCCCUCCCUAAACACCUGAACAAACGACUGCUCAUCCAGAGCAUCGAUCGCACCAAGGACGUGGACGGACUGCAUGCGUGUAACGUCGGCAACCUCAUCUCUGCGUGUGAGCCCGCGUUCCGACCGUGCACCCCAUCGGGGAUCAUGCACGCGCUGCGCUUGACCCUCGAUCCAGCCAGCAAGAACAGGCCCGGUGCAGCUGCGUCAAAACCGUUCCUCGCAGGCAUGCACUGCGUGAUGGUGGGCGCAUCGAGCAUUGUCGGGAAGCCGCUUGCGCUGGAGCUGUUGGAUGCUGGGGCGACGGUGACCGUGGCCACCGUCCACACAACCGAUCUGCAGCAGCACGUGGAGCGUGCUGAUGUCCUCAUUGUCGCCACCGGACAGGCAAACCUCAUCCCAGGGGUACGUGUGUGUGUGUGUGUGUGUGUGUGUGUGUGUGUGUGUGUGUGUGUGUGUGUGUGUGUGUGUGUGUGUGUGUGUGUGUGUGUGUGUGUGUGUGUGUGUGUGUGUGUGUUACCCAAGGGCAUCGGUCCAUUGACGGUUGCGUUUCUGAUGCGCAAUACGGUGACGGCGUGGGAGCGCCACUGCCAGCACCACGCAGCAGUACCUGCCGACAGCUAACCAACACCACCAGCCUUCUAACCAAUCAUCCCAUUAAACAUCCUUGCCCCUCGCGUCGCGUCAUUUCUCAUCAUGAUGCAAGCUUCCAAAGCCUCCUCCUCCCCCCUCCUCUCCUUUCCUCUCCUUUUCCCCGCACUCGUUGGAAUACGUUAAGCAAGCCCGCUCAUCGUUUUGGCACAUCGCUGCUGUUGCUGUUGGUGCUGUUGCUGUUGGUUCUGUAUGGCAUAAACAACCCCUCUCCUUUCUCUUAAUGUAACCAUUCACGCAAGAACAAGAGCGCGCGCGUUAUGACAACUGCAUAGUACUACAUACAUUCCCUUCCGCUCCUUUUUCCCGACACACACACACGUACACGCUGUCGCUAUCGCCUUGGCUUUCGCUGCACGGCGCGACGCGGGUGCACAUGGGCGCGCGCUACUUUGAGAGCGACAUGCCCUUGAGCUCCAUGGCGAGAUCGCGCGGGGUCUUGACGUCGCAGCGGAGAAGAAUCCCC